CCCCCCCCCCGCCACCCCGACUCGCGCUUGUUUCACCUCGUCUUACGCUUUCCGUCUCAAUUUACAGUACCAUGUCCAUAAUAAUCGAGUCCCUCCCCAGCCCGUGACCGAUCUGCGCUGCCAUCCUCGUAUGCGAGGAUGCAAACCACUGUUGCUCGCACAAGCUGAUCGAUGAGAACCCAAUCUCCUUGCUGUCGAAAUGGAUAUGAUGUCAGCUGGGAAUGCGGCUUUCGCUCCCGCCGCAGCUUCAGGCUCUGAUCAUCACUCGACUAUCAGCUCCAACGGUCCAACCCUCGCCGCGACGUCGACCUCCUCCCUAAACUCCCUCAAUGAUUACUCGAACUUUCCCCUGAUCCGUCAGGGUGAUCGCACAUAUCUCAGAGACCCAGAGAGUCUCUAUCCCCUCCCCUGCGAUCUCUCCGAGAUACAUCGCCAGACCCUGCGAUCGCUCAUGCUCAUGCGCGUGUAUGGAGGGCCAUUCUGCAACCCCUACCUGGCCGACCGACCCCCCAAGCGGGUUCUGGAGAUCGCGUGCGGUUCGGGCCUGUGGUCCAGCCUGAGCCACGAAUAUUUCGCCCGUCGCGGCCAUCGUAACGUCUCUUUCCAUGGUAUCGACGUCGUCUCUGUCGCACCCGAUCUGCGCAAAAAGGGUGUGCACUGGCAGUUCCGUCGACACGACCUCCGAAAACCCCGCCUGCCCUUCCCGGACGAUUAUUUCGAUUUUGUGUUCAUUAAGGAUGCGGGAAUGUGCCCGUCCAGCCCGGCCCAGCAGGCAUCCGGCUUAAGUGAACCUUUGAGGGUCCUCAAAUCCGGCGGGAUCCUGGAAGUCUGGGAUUCCGACUGGGUGUUCCGAUCUUUGCUCCCCAAUCCUGCGCCCGCUCGCAAAUUAGCGUCGAAGGAACAGGAGACCGCCGAUGCGACCGCAACGUACACCUUUUCGUCCGCUACCCCAUUCACAAGAGUCCAGAACAAAUUCUUUCAAGACUACAACUCCUGGGUCGAAAAGGCUUUCGACCGUCGCAAAUUGACAGCGCUGCCGUGCGCCACGAUCGGUCUGUCCUUCAACUCAGAGGUAGAUCUUCUGGAGAACGUGGACAGUCGUCGCAUUGCUAUUCCGCUAGGCGAGCUACGGUGGGAACGGGAAGGACACGGGAAGGAUUCGAGCGGCGGCACGCGCAGACAAUUGACUGCCGAUCAACUGUCUAUUAGGAGCACAGCCCUGUUGACGGUGAUUCAGAUGAUUGAAGGCAUGGAACCUAUACUCAUGGAAGCCAGUGGGAAGAGCAGAGACGAAUGGGACCGGUGGUGGGCUGCCAUGAUCGCCGAUCUGUUCCAGAAAGGAAGCCUCGCGAACGGGGAGUGUCUGGAAGUAAGUGCGUGGUGGGGUCGAAAAAAAUGAGCCCCUGCCGACGUGGAAGUUAUGAACUCGAUGGUUGGUGUUCUGGCGAAAGAGGGAAGGGAAGACACGAAAAGCGUCGUGACCAUUGCUCUCUCAUAUUGGUGAUACCCCCAUUUUUCCUUUCAAUUUCACUUUAUUUUCUGUGUAAUCUUCUUGAGACCGUGUUGAUAAGGCUCCACGACCAUAUGGACGGCCGACGUUAUUUAUUUUCAUAGCGCUGUUUCAACGUGCGAUAUCGCUUGAGAUAGUACCUGCGCAUUUUCCAUCAGUAUCGACAUUGACCUUAUCGAGGGUGUGUGUUUUUUUUAACGAUCAUGGUAUGACAAAUAUCGGAGUGCAAUCGGUU